ACCAGAUCUACCAACAUCAGACUCGGAUACGGUGCUUAUUCAAAAUUUAAUUUAAGCCACGGGACCUCUCCUACACUGCGACAAGCGCUUGGCACAAUUCUGUGAGCAGAAUCGCAUCGGCUCCACUCUCCUACGCCAAACAGGAAACUGACAGUGGAUCACUUUACGCACCAUCGACGGCCGUUUGGGGCCAUAGCGAACUGAGCGUCGGACCCCUAACUACUCCAGACACCCCUCCCGAUCGCACCGAGCUACAGUAUCACCUUAGCAAGAUCUUUCCGGAAUCUCUAGUCACAUCAGUUCUGCUAGCGAAUCCCUACGAGACCAACUCACAGGUGCUCUGCCAGCGAAUAUUGGAUCUUCAAAAGGAUCAAAAAUCUUAG